AUGGCGGGCGCAGCAGAUGGCUCCACCGUUUUUAUGUUCGGGAAGCACAAGGGUCGCAGCUUCCAAGAAGUGGCCCAAAGCGAGCCCAGCUACUGCGCGUGGGCCUUGAAGAUGGAGAGCCCCUCGGGGGCGCUCCAGGACUUUGUGACCUUCCUCGGGGGCGCGAGGAAGGAGCCACGUGAAGUCAAAGAUGGCCUGCAGCUGCCAGCGGACGCCUUCUUCCUGUGCGAGAUGGUGGCGGAUGACCAGUUCGUGGUGCGCUGUGAGAAGCAAGGUGGCAAGGAGGGCACAGCCUUUCUCCCGCCGCACCUUUGGCAUGCCAUAGGAGCUUUGCCGGGGGCCGUGCAGAUGAACCGCAGUUGGGCCUUCCCUGCCUCGAGCUACGAGCCGGUGAUGGCGCGCCUGGAGGAGAUGGGCAAGGCGGAAGGCGUGCCGUGGUGGGUGAGGAAGCUACUGAAGGCUCCUCGGGAGGCGCAGGGCCUGCAGGAAGCGCGGCUGCCCGACGGCCUGAUGCCCUACCAGCUGGAAGGCGUGGAGUUCGGACUGUCUCGGAACGGCCGGGUGCUGCUGGCGGACGACAUGGGCCUGGGGAAGACACUGCAGGCGCUGGCGCUUGCGCGGCAGUUCCCCGAGUGGCCUGUGCUGGUGGUGUGCCCUUCCUCUUUGCGCUGGGUCUGGAAGGAGCAGGCAAUCUCCUGGUUCUCCGAGACAUUGCGGCCCGAAGAGGUGCAGGUGAUUCAGAAAGGCUCGGAUCAGCUAUGCCCAAAGGCGCAGAUGUGGAUCAUCUCGUAUAACCUUUUGGCCAGCGAUGCCAAGAAGGGCCGGUUCCAGCGACGGCCGAACGGCCAGCCACACGGCCUGGUCAUCGCGGACGAGAGUCACAACAUCAAGGACUGGUCUGCGGCGCGGACCAAAGUCUUGGUGCCGCUCCUGCGACAGGCUUCCAGGGCUGUGCUGCUCUCAGGCACACCAAUCCGCAAUGCCCCGGACGAGCUGCACCCUCAGCUCUGCGCGCUGAUGCCGGAGCUCAACCUCCGCAUCGCGGAGUUCCGGAGCAGAUACUGCCUGCAGCAGCUGCAGAACUUCGGGGGACGCCAGGUGAAUCGCGUGGUGGGCUCCCGCUGCGCGGCAGAGCUCAACUUUCUCCUCACCUCCACGGUCAUGAUCCGACGCUUGAAGCAGGAUGUGCUGUCACAGCUCCCUUCCAAGCGCCGGCAACGGAUCCCUCUGCAGGUGGGGGAUUCCAAGAUGAAAGAGAUCUCAAGCUCUCGGGAGGCUGAAGGCAUGGGGGAAGGCGCCCCAAAUUUAUUUCAGAAGAUCGCGCAGGCGAAGCUGCCGGCUGUCAAGGAGUACAUCUCUGAAGUACUGGAUCGAGUGAACGAAAAGAUCAUCAUCUUUGCUCAUCACCAGAACAUGAUGGAUGAGAUCGCCGCGGUGCUCAGCAAGCAACUGUCCAAGGGCCACAGCUUUGUGCGCAUUGACGGACACACAGCUCAAGCGAAGCGGCCUGAGAUGGUACAGAAGUUCCAGGAGGACUGCAACUGCCGCAUCGCGCUUCUGUCCAUCACAGCGUGCGGGGAGGGAAUCACACUGACUGCUGCCAGCCUGGUGAUCUUCGCUGAGCUCUACUGGGUGCCUGGAGCGGUGGAGCAGGCAGAGGCGAGGGCACACCGCCUGGGCAGCAGCCACAGCAAGGUCGUGGUGGAGUUCCUGGUGGUUCCGGAUUCGGCGGACGAGCGCAUCUACAAGCGCUUGGAGCAAAAGAAGCAGGACACCUCUCAUGUCUUAGACGGGGCACCAGAGUCCAUGAAUGUCACCCUCUCUCAGCAGACGCCAAGGAAACGCCAGGUCAGCCCGGUGAUCUUCCCCACUGUCGAAACCAAGAAGAAGCCCCGGUGCGACACGCCCUCACCGGUGGACCGGGUGAAGGCUCGCGAGGUCGAGGACGACCGGGCGAAGGUACAAGCAUUGCUGAAAGCUAUCCAAGCAGGGCGGAAGGCACUUGGUGCUGGAUGA